GGAAGUAAUCGCACUCGUUCGAGCGAUCCUGCUGCUGGCUGUCAACUGAAACUAAAACAGCAACGUCACUUGGAAAAUGUGUUCCCAACAUUAAUGACAAAGUAUUGCCAAUAAGUUGUUUCAGUGGUUUACAACAAAAACUAAACAAACAACAAACAUUUAUAUCGGGAAGAAAGUGACAUGCCGGUGACGCCGCACGUGAACUGAAAUGAAAGAGGAAGUGAAACUAACAGCAACUGGUUUAGACCCAAUCCAAGAAGCUCGGAGGCAACGCAGAUAUCAGAUUUAAAAGUUGCCUAGCUCGCAAAAGUUCCUCUGUUUGGCAACAUGACGUCACCAAACAACCGGUACUUCAUCCUAACUAAACAUCCUGAAUAUAGAGGACUGGCCAACCCUGGCAGCAUAUGCUACAUAUAUGAGUCCAUGUACAGUUCCCUCACAGGGACAUGUUUACCCACGAAGUUGCAUGUCAACUUCGUGGACUCGCGUGCCAGGUCAGCUUGCGAGUUGGAGUCGAGUUCCAUACAGCCGCUGAGCAAGGAGGAAGCCGAGCUGCUGCAGGCCCUGUCCAGUGACGUCGAGAGGCUGGAGUGGUUCCGGGAGGGCGAUGCCCUCCGAGUGGCACGGGGGCUCUCCGUGGGCACCGCGGUGACGGUGGACGAGGGAGGAGAGAGGCUCCGAGGCAUCGUGCGCUACAUCGGAAGGAUUAGAGAUACAUCCUACUCCUGUCCUCUAACAGGCACGUUCUUUGGCAUUGAACUACAGGGUGAGGACAAGGGGAAGGGGAAUACUGAUGGGAUCUACCAAUCCAAAGUCCUCUUCUCCUGCAAGAAAGAUUGUGGAAUUUUCUCCACGUUCUCCAGAAUCAGGCCCGUGGUUCCCAGCUCCUUGUCACCCCCCAACGCUGAGCAUUCUCAAACAACAGACGAGUUAGUCCCAGGAGAUAGGGUCACGUACUUCACCGCAGAUAAUUGUCGCCAUGGAAUGGUGUUGGAUGUGCAGGAGGAGCACGGUGAACAUGUUGUUCGGAUCUCCACGGACACAGAUGAGAAUGGAAAGAGAGGGGGCGAAGUCGAUGUCCCACUACGUUUGGUUGCGAAGGGGGAGGUGCCCAAAGCUUUAGAUCCAGAGAGGAUGGAGGUUGAUGCAACACCAGUGGAAAAAGACAGUGGUGAUCUGAGCCUGAACUCUGUGGUGGAGGUGACCUUGAAAAAGGGCAAGUCAUAUGGAAUCAUCCGCUGGAUCGGCACUCUGCCUGGUUUAAAGGAAACCAUGGCUGGCCUCGAGCUGGACGAAGACGACGGGGUGAGUGAUGGCACCUUCAAGAAUGAGCGUAUCUUUGACUGUCCACCGAAGAAAGCCCUGUUCAUAAAGCUUCGAUCCUGCCGUCCCGACUCGCGGUUUCAGAGCGCGUCCGCCAGUUGCAGUGAGAGGACACAGAAACGGGACGACGCAGAGACGGAUGAAGAGCACAAUACAGGGAAGCUGGCGACUGUUCCUCCCAUCAGCACAGAGCAGGUCAGCCAGAUUUUGAUUGGACGAAUGAAGGGGAUCCAAGGCCACUACAACUCCUGCUACAUGGACGCCACCCUCUUCAGCUUGUUUUCCUGCUCCUCCGUGUUGGACGCCAUGCUGUUUAAAACCACAGAACCUCAAGAUGCCCCGAUUCAGAGCACACUGCUCCACGACAUUGUUAAUCCCCUCCGCAAUAAAGGCUUUGUGGAAGGGCGGCACAUCAUGAAGCUCCGGCAGCAGCUACAGAAACACGGCUACAGUGAAUCCUUCACCACAGAUGAGAAGGAUCCAGAGGAGUUUCUUACCGUCAUCAUGCACCACAUUCUUGCGCUGGAUCCUCUCCUCAAACUCUCAGCGGGCGGUAAAGUGCAGGACAGUUACUGCUAUCAGAUCUUCUUAGACCAGAACCACAGGCUGGUGCUGCCGACAGUCCAGCAGCUGCUGGAGCAUUCCUUCCACACGGCAGGACUCAAGCUGGCAGAGGUGCCCUCCUGCCUCAUCCUCCAGAUGCCUCGCUUCGGGAAGAAAUUCAAGAUGUUUGACAAGAUCAUUCCCUCUCUGGAGCUGGACAUCACCGACCUCCUCUCUGAAGGUCCUCAGCAGUGCAUGCUGUGUGGAGACUUGGCCCAUGUCGAGUGCACCGACUGUUUUAAAGAUCCCAUAUUCGGCCAGACGGGAUUAAAAAUCUUCUGCAGGACGUGUUCAUCUAAGGUACACUCUCAUCCUCAACGCCUGUCCCAUCAGCCGGUUGCUCUGGACAUCCCCAAGGGUUAUUUGAGUCACAGCAUGCCUCACACUCUAAUCAGAGACAAGCUGGAGCUGUUCGCCGUCCUCUGCAUCGAGACGAGCCACUACGUGUCCUUCAUCAAGUACGGACCAAACAGCCAAGACUGGAUCUUCUUUGACAGCAUGGCGGACCGAGAAGGAGAGAGAGACGGAUUCAACAUCCCGGAGGUUCACGCUUGCCCUGAGGUCAGCACGUACCUGGAAAUGUCUCCCGCGGAGCUGGCCAAUCAGGUGCCUCGAGACAUGAAAGGUGUGGCCAAACGUCUCUUUUGCGAUGCCUACAUGUACCUGUAUCAGAGCACCAGCAUGUGUCUCUAUCGCUGAGGGGACGCCACCCCGCAGCUUGCUCACUGCACAAAAUGUAAAUUUGCAAAAGAAAAUAUCUUGCCUGCCCUAUGCUGUUCUGUUAGUUUGUGUGUGCGUGUGUGUGAGAGAGAGAGAGAGAGAGAGAGAGUGUGAGAGUUAUACUGUAUGAAAAAAAGUACAAAUUGAAAUCAUUUUGCAUUUAAAAAAAUUUACAAUUACAUUGGCAUCUGGGAGAAAAGACAAAUGUUGCACUAUAAUAUUACGAUUUUUUUAUACUGAGAUUGAAUGAGUGUUGCAGAUUAAAAAAAUCCACCAAAGAAGGCGGCAUAUUAAUGAUUUACGAGUGGCGUAUUUUAAUAAGUUUAACUUAACAGGGCUAUUGUAAACACAAUGAUAUUGAUUUGCUCAGUAAUCAUUAACCAUUGUGCCUUAAUGUGUUCUUUUAAAUCAGGGUUUAGUUCAGUAAAAGCUGUCUGAAUCCUUUGAACAUCAGAUAUGAAAAUGAUCUCUUGUGUUCAUCAAAUCCAUGGAUCUUUUUUUUUUUUCAUAUUCAGUUAGCAAAAAUGUAUCAGCCACUUACAUCACACAAACACACUUGCCAGAGUCAAUCAUGUGUUGGUGAAUCUGAAAUAGGUUUCACUCAUCUUGAUGCGCACUGCUCAACCGUAAGUGGUGGGCGGGGCUAAACCAAAUCCAGGAUUUCUCAAUGAGGGGGUACAUUCAAACAGAAAUAUUAACCAUAGUAGAGUAUUUUACGUAUACUUUAAAAAGUGUCUGGAGGGGAACUUUUAAAAUUGCUGAAGUUGUUUUGAUGAAGGCCACCAUGGCCUGAAGUUAAGUGAAACAUUUGUGAGGAAGUCAUUCAUUUGAAUGUAUGAGGUGCCCCUCAGGGAUCACUUAUUGGUCCCCUGUUCAGUCUGGAUAUGCUUUACUACAAUAUUACUAUCAAAUAUGCUGAUGACUCUCCACUUACUACUUGUAUUCUCUCCUCUGAAAAGGUAGGCCACCCAAGUCAAUGGUUCUGUAUUAAAGACAUAAAUAUUC